AGUAGAAAAGGUGCUGAGACGGAGAAAACUAGACGGAUUUCCUUAUACAAUUUGAAGCAGCCUGUUUAGACCCGGAUACAAACUUCCCAAGAAGUUCAGAGCAAGAAAGAGAGAGAGAGAGAGAGAGAGAGAGAGAGAGAGAGAGAGAGAGAGAGAGAGACUUUGUGCAUAAUAAAUCUGUAUCAUCCUCCAACCAGCAGCGGCACUGACUGACACUCGGCUCGACUCCAUUCACUAAACAAACUUCUGCAAACUCUGAAACUUUGAGUUGGUAAAGUUUUGCUACAGGAUUACGAGUUUUCUAUGUUACUUUGGUCCAUAAGAAAAGAUGAAGAGGAAGCGUUAAUAUUGUCCUGAAGUUGCAGUUGUUUGCAGCCUGUGUGAUCAUGUUGUUUAUGUCAAGUCUGUCUCUUUGCUCUGACAAACUGGAGUAGAAACAAACAAACAAACAAUCUACUGGUUCAGAAAAUUGCGACCAAGCCUUUAAUCAUAAGCCAUGACUUCGUCCACUCCUCCAUCCUCUCGCAGACCUUCCCCUCAGAAGGUAUGCCAUUCUCAGACUCAGACAGAAGUCCUAAAGCCGCUGCUGGGCGGAGGUAGUGGUGGGGGGGCUGGAGGUAUUGCUGCAGCAUUGAGGAGACGGCGACGUGUCUUGUCUAAAGAUGGCAGAAGUAAUGUACGCAUUGAGCACGUCAGUGGCCGUGGAGCUCUAUACCUUCGGGACCUGUGGACAACCUUUCUGGACAUGCAGUGGCGCUACAAGCUUUUCCUAUUCUCUGCCACCUUUGCUGGCACAUGGUUUGCUUUCGGUGUGCUGUGGUACCUGGUAGCACUGGUGCACGGAGACUUACUGGAGUUUGACCCACCAUCCAACCAUACCCCCUGCGUGAUGCAGGUUCAUACACUGACAGCUGCCUUUCUCUUCUCACUGGAAUCACAGACUACAAUUGGCUACGGCUUCCGGUGCAUCACAGAGGAAUGUCCAGUUGCCAUUAUCCUUCUGAUACUCCAGCUAGUUAUCACAAUGGUGAUGGAGGUCUUCAUCACAGGGACCUUUCUUGCCAAGGUGGCUCGGCCAAAAAAGCGUGGUGAAACAGUAAAGUUCAGUCAGCAUGCAGUUGUGGCCACUCACGAAGGUCAACCAUGCCUUAUGAUCCGUGUAGCCAACAUGCGUAAGAGCCUGCUGCUGGGCUGUCAGGUAACUGGUAAGCUGCUACAGACAUCUCUGACUAAAGAAGGUGAGACAGUUCGGCUGGACCAGAGGAAUGUGGCUUUCCAGGUAGACACGUCUAGUGACAGUCCUUUCCUCAUCCUUCCUCUCACCUUCUACCAUGUCAUUGAUGACAGCAGCCCACUCCGUCCCUGGGCCGCCAAGGGUGGCGGCUGGGCAGACCCCGAGCUGGCGGAUUUUGAACUUCUUGUAAUAAUGAGUGCCACAGUGGAGCCCACAUCAGCCACUUGCCAGGUACGAACCUCCUACCUGCCUGACGAAAUCCUCUGGGGCUACGAAUUCCCCCCUGUUGUCUCACUUUCCCCAUCAGGGAAAUAUGUGGCUGACUUCGCCUUCUUCGACAAGGUGGCAAAGACCAAGACCCCACCACGCUUUAAGCAGACCUCUCCUUCUAGCCCAGAUUCCGGCAGCAGACGAGGUGGAGAAGGAGGGAAGGAUCCAGAGAAGACGAGGCUAGAGGAGAGCUACAAGGAGGAGAAGGGGCGUGAAAGAGGGAGGAUCCGUGAUAGCAGCCCACUUAGCGUUCGCAUUAGUAAUGUUUAGAGAGAGAGAGAAAUGUUAAGAAAAUGAGAAUCAAACUAACCAUAAGCUACUAGAAGCCGAGGAAUCUAAGACGUCCACAAUAAAUCCUCUUCAGAAGACACAUUUUUCACAUACAGUAUACACAUAGACUGAGACUGCUAAAUGUGAACAGUGGUAUCACCAUCUUGUGGCUAAAAUUAAUAGUUUCACAUCAACACUGGCCUUACAUCAAAAAUGCAUGACUUUCUUUACUGUAUUUUCAGUUUUAUGACUUGGACACCAGAUCAUAAAAAAGAUCAAAAGGCCAAAAUAUGCAAAGACUGUUUCCUAAAACCAUCAUUAGAAAAUAAAGCACUGUACUGAAGGAUCAGGGGUAAUAUGUCCUCGGAUAUGACUAUGUUUUCCAUUUUAAUGGACUGAACUGGAAAGAUAAUGAUGUGUAUAUAAUUGAACCUAACAGUGCAAGGUUACGUGCUCAUUUGAGUGAAGAUCAAGUUUUUUAUUUUGCAUUGUUUAAAACACUGGAGCAAGAAUAUUAAUGCAGUAUGUUAACAAUACUAAAAGCACUUUGACUUUGUGAGAAGAUUUCUAUAGUUUCAGCUUUGGAAGCACAACUAACUAGUGAAUAUGAAAUGGUAAAUAACUUCAUGCGUGGGUGUUUCUUUGAAGCUGUGGCUUCUCUACUUGCUGAAAGUUGUGGGAGGGUGUAUCUUGAAAAAAAUUAUUUAAAAAAGUGUGCAACAUUUCUAGACCUUAAUAGAGAUUGGUGAUAUUAUUCUGGGAGACUUUAAUACUAAAAAUAAAUAAAAAAAGGUCUGUGGACUGUCUUGGAGGAAAUAUAUUUUUAUUCUAAUGUAUGUGAUGGAUCUCAGUUUAAAAAAUUGGGGCAGUAUCACUUUAAUGUCUAAUUCCUUUAAAUGAGAAUUUUUAAUAAAUGACAUGUUCAGAAACAGUUACAGGCUGACUACUAUGUAUGUAUAAUAUUUUACCAGAAAAAAACAAACAAACCAUAGUAAGCUAAUGUUUUAUUGUGUGUGUAUGCAUGCAUUUGUGUUUAGGAAUGCAAAUCUCUAAAUUUAGUGAUAAAAGUUGGACCUAUAAGUGCCUUAAUUUUCUUUUUGUUCUUUUUUUUUAUAUAUAAAACUAAAUGACCCACACUGCAUCUGCUACUUGCAUUUGCACACAUUGUGCAUGACAUCACAUCAGCCUCAAUGAGCUUGUUGCAGUUAUGAAACUUCCCUUCUGGAGAGACAAUGAGAGCCAACCAAUACCACAUUUUUGUAGUUAUAAUACAAUACACACACAGCCAUCCAUGUUCAGUUCAUCCAGUGGUUCUUUGCACAUUUGGUGAUUUCCCUACUGCUAUACAGUGGGAACCUUGUUUUUUCCUGCUGUAGCAUGAUUUUUUUUGUUAUAUAGAGCACAGAAAAUUCUCUGAAAAUAUCCAAACAUAAAUACUUACAACACUGUACUUCCAAAGAAUAAAUUAUUGAAUUAUUGUUUUCCCAGUGCUGGAAAUGCAAGCCUUGGGGAGUUUCCCCAGAAGAUAUAUUUAGCCGGAAUACCAGAACCCUAUAUAUUGAAUAUUGCGGCUUUUUUUUUUUUUUGUGUAGCAUAUCCGUGUCAUAAUCUAGAUCAUCAAUGAUUAGUUCUCAAAGUGGAUAUCCAAGGUGAAGCAUAGGUAUGAUUUUUAUUUAUUUAUUUUUUAUUAUUAUUACUAAGGGGAAUAUUCUGUCUAACUGGUUACUUGAAUUCAGCAGGUUUAAU